AAAAAUGAUAGAUGGGCCUGCAUGGUAAAAUAAGAUGAGUCGCUGGGAAAAUAAGCUACAAAAUAUGUACACUGCUGGAUGAGAGUUUGGAGAUUUAUUCUUGUGUGUGGGAAAGUAUCAGAGUUUAUACACAAGAGUGUCUCUGCUGGGAAGAUAAGGGACAAGUGAAAGUUAGUGGAGCUGGCUUACUCUGCUUUCUGGUGACAUCAACAGAGAGAGAGAGGGAGGGAGAGACAGGGAGGUUUUUGGAGGGGAAACCAAAGUACAGAUCUGCCUCUCUCACAACCUCCUGGCGCACCAGUCUCUCUCUGUUGCGCCUCUGCUCUCUCAACUUUUUUUCUUCUCUGAUCACAGCUCCUCUAAAACUUACACUUUUUUCAGUCCCCCGGCAGCGGAGGGAUGUUCCCGGGGAAGAGGUUCCACCCCAGCUGAGCGUUUUCACCUUGGGAAGUUCAGGAGUCAGCCGGAUAACUUCUUGUGAAUGGGGAGGCAUUUGACUUUUUACGCAUCCAGCUCAGUGACGCACGCACGGUUAAAUAUUUUAAAAAGGAAAUCUGUGCAAGUGUCACAUCCACAAAUUCAAGUUUUCUUUCUCUUCUUCAAUGGCAAGGCAGCGUUUUAAGGAGAUUCUUGCUGAUCGAGUCUUUUCAGAGAAACUUUGGUGAACUUUUGUUUUGCAGCAGCGGACUUAAUUAUAUUUCGGCUUACAUCACUUCUUUUUUAAAAUCCUACCACACAGUCCAGUGGCCUCUCUUGACCUUUAUUCGGGAUCCCUACUCCCCUCCUCGGAUAUUCAAUUCAUCUUCGCUUUGGGAGUAAUUUCUGUGGAUACCAUGCCUCCGACCGGAGCGGUGAGGCGGGCUGCGCUCUGCCGGGUUUGGGCUCUGGUUGUCGCGCUGCUGGUGUGCGUGGGCUCGGUGAGUGGGUGCCCUCACAAGUGCAGCUGCUCUGGGUCGCAUGUGGACUGCCAGGGUCUGGGUUUGAAGACUGUGCCCAAAGGAGUACCGAGGAAUGCUGAGCGCCUGGAUCUGAACAGAAACAACAUCACCAGAAUCACUAAAGUGGACUUCUCUGGCCUCAAGAACCUGAGGAUUCUUCAUCUGGAGGACAACCAAAUCACUGUCGUUGAGAGAGGAGCCUUUCAAGACCUCAGGCUGCUGGAGAGGCUUCGUGUGAACAGAAAUAAACUCCAGGUUCUCCCAGAGCUUCUCUUCCAGUCCAACCCCAAACUAGGACGACUAGACCUCAGUGAGAACCAGAUUCAGGCGGUUCCCAGGAAAGCUUUCAGAGGAAUCACCAAUGUCAAGAACCUGCAACUGGACAGCAACCACAUCAGCUGCAUCGAAGAUGGAGCUUUCCGGGCACUGCGCGAUCUGGAGAUACUCACCCUCAACAACAACAACAUCACCCUCAUCCCCCUGUCCAGCUUCAACCACAUGCCCAAGCUGCGGACACUUCGUCUGCACUCCAACAACCUCCACUGUGACUGUCACCUGUCCUGGCUCUCUGAUUGGCUCAGAGCCAGACGGGGCUUGGCUCCCUUCACUCAGUGCAUUGCCCCCGCCCACAUGAGGGGCCUCAACGUCCCGGAUGUGCAGAAGAAGGAUUUUGUUUGCAAUGGUCCCGCCCAGACCGAGUUGAGGACGUGUGUUCCACAGUUGGCUGUGUGUCCACAGAGCUGCAGCUGCAACAACAACAUCGUGGACUGUCGUCGCAAAGGCCUCACUGAAAUACCAGCCAACCUCCCGGAUGCAAUCGUAGAAAUUCGUUUGGAGCAGAACUUGAUUAAAAGUGUCCCAGCUGGAGCCUUCACUGCCUACAAGAAGCUCAAGAGGAUUGACUUAAGUAAGAACCAGAUUUCUGACAUUGCUGCUGAUGCUUUCGGUGGCCUUCGCUCACUCACCUCAUUGGUCCUGUAUGGCAACAAGAUCACCGAGUUGCCCAAGGGUCUGUUUGAUGGGCUGGUUUCCCUGCAGCUGCUGCUUCUGAAUGCCAACAAAAUUAACUGUUUGAGAGUCAACACCUUCCAAGAUCUGCAGAACCUCAACCUGCUUUCGCUGUACGACAACAAGCUGCAGACGAUCAGCAAAGGACUGUUCGCCCCUCUGCGCUCCAUCAAGACUCUUCAUCUAGCUCAGAAUCCCUUUAUGUGUGACUGCCACCUGAAGUGGCUGGCCGACUACCUGUUUGACAAUCCCAUCGAGACCAGUGGAGCUCGCUGCAGCCACCCCAGGAGGCUGGCGAACAAACGGCUCAGCCAGGUUAAAGGCAAGAAGUUCAGGUGCACAGGUCAGGAAGACUACCGUAGCCGUCUGAGCGGCGACUGUUUCCAGGACCUGGUGUGUCCAGAGAAAUGUCGAUGUGAAGGCACCGUCGUCGACUGCUCCAAUCUCAAACUGACCCGUUUCCCUCCACACAUCCCCGAGCACACCACAGACCUGCGGUUAAACGACAAUGAGAUUGCCGUCCUGGAGACUGCAGGGACAUUUAAGAAGCUGCCUAACUUGAAGAAGAUCAACCUGAGCAACAACAAGUUGAGGGACAUUCGUGAGGGUGCGUUCGAUGGAGCGGUUGGAGUUCUGGAGCUGCUACUGACAGGAAACAAGUUAACUGGACUGCAGGGACGCAUGUUCAGGGGCCUCACUGGCCUGAAAACUCUAAUGUUGAGGAGCAACCAGAUCAGCUGCAUCGACAACAGCACGUUUACGGGUCUGAGCUCAGUGCGUCUCCUGUCGCUGUAUGACAACAGGAUCUCCAGCAUCGCCCCGGGAGCCUUCUCCACUCUACACUCCCUGUCCACCAUUAACCUCCUGUCCAACCCGUAUGUGUGUGACUGUCACCUGUCCUGGCUCGGUCAGUGGCUAAAGAAGACCAGGGUGGUCAGUGGAAACCCUCGCUGUCAGAAACCAGCCUUCCUGAAGGAGAUCCCCAUCCAGGAUGUGGCAACCCCUGACUUCACAUGUGACGGUGCUGAGGAUAAUGGUUGUCUUCCUGCGUCUGGCUGUCCUGACGCUUGCACGUGCUCAGACGGCGUGGUGCGAUGCAGCAACAGAGGGCUGCACUCUCUGCCCAAGGGCAUUCCCAAGGACACCACCGAGCUUUACCUGGAGGGUAAUAUGCUGACAUCUGUGCCCAAGGAGCUGGCAUCCCUGAAGCAGCUGUCACUGGUGGACCUGAGCAACAACAGCAUCAGCACACUGGCCUCGUACACUUUCAGCAAUAUGACGCAGCUCGCCACACUCAUCCUGAGCUAUAACCAGAUUCGCUGCAUCCCGGUCCAUGCCUUCGACGGCCUCAAGUCACUUCGCCUGCUGACUCUCCAUGGUAACGACCUUUCAACUAUCCCAGAAGGAGCUUUCAACCACCUCACCGCUCUGUCCCACCUGGCUCUUGGUGCCAACCCCUUGUACUGUAACUGUGACCUGCGCUGGCUCUCUCAGUGGGUCAAGGCUGGUUUUAAAGAGCCAGGAAUUGCUCGUUGUACUGGACCUCCUGACAUGGCUGACAGGCUACUGCUCACCACACCACUCAAUAGAUUUCAGUGUAAAGGUCCUGUAGACAUCAGCCUGAUGUCAAAAUGCGUCCCCUGCUUGGCGGCACCGUGCCAAAACAAUGGUACCUGUGUCUCUGAGUCGACUGGAACUUACCACUGCACCUGUCCAUAUGGAUUCAAGGGUCAAAACUGUGAAAUACCCAUCAACGCCUGCAUUAGUUUCCCCUGCUCGAAUGGAGGAACCUGCCACAUUCAGCCUGGCCUAGACGACCACUUCAGCUGUGUGUGUCCAGCCGGUUUUGAAGGCCAUCGUUGUGAGUUGAACCCAGACGACUGUGAAGACAACGACUGUGAGAACAACUCCACCUGCAUCGAUGGGGUCAACAACUACACCUGCAUCUGUCCACCCAACUACACAGGUGACCUCUGCGAGGAGGUGGUCGACCCUUGUCUCCAUGGUUUCGACCCCUGUCAGCAUGACUCAAAAUGCGUCUAUGUCGGCCGCAGUUACAGGUGCGACUGUUUGCCGGGAUACGUGGGCCAACACUGCGAGCAGGACUAUAAUGAUUGUCUGGAGAAUAAGUGUCAACACGGAGCGGAGUGUGUCGACGCUGUCAACGGCUACACCUGCGUCUGUAAAGAGGGUUUCAGCGGGCUGUUCUGUGAGAACCCUCCGCCAAUGAUCUUGCUGCAGACCAGCCCCUGCGACCACUCAGACUGCCAGAACAGCGCCCAGUGCCUGUUGGUUGCCGGGGAGCCCGUCUGCCGCUGCAUGCCCGGUUUCUAUGGCAACAAAUGUGACAAGUUGGCCACCGCUCACUUCCUGGGUCGCGAUGGGUACGUGGAGCUGCCCGGUGUGAAGCUUCGCCCCAGCGCUCAUAUUUCAUUGCAGGUGGCCACAGACAAAGACAACGGUAUUUUGUUGUAUAAGGAAGACCACGACCCUCUGGCACUGGAGCUUUACCAGGGACACAUACGACUCAUCUACGACAUCGCCAACUACCCACCAACCACAGUGUACAGUGUGGAGUCGGUGAACGAUGGACUUUUCCACACGGUUGAGCUGCAGAUUCAGAACCGUUCACUGAACCUGGUGGUGGAUAACGGAGCACCGAAGAGCCUGGGCAAGCUGGCACGCCAGCCGUCUGUCGACCACAACACUCAGCUUUACAUAGGAGGCGUUCCUUCUCAAGUGGUGGCCUUGGGUCUACGUCCAGGCCCUGACCGUUCUCCUCAGGCUUUUUAUGGCUGCAUCCACAACGUCCGAAUCAAUGGGGAGCCUCAAGAUCUGAGUCACAGAGCCAUGGGUGGAGGGCGAUCACAGGGCUUCGAGGGCAAGGGCGAUGGUAUUCUCGCAGGGUGUCAUACAUGCAGUGUGUGUGCACAGGGUGUGUGCAGGGAGGGCGGAGAGAUGGGGGUAACGUGUGAGUGUCCUCCAGGACGUAGUGGGGCCCUGUGCGAGCAGACGACAUCACCAACCCCCUGUCAGAGCAGCAGAUGUGUUCAUGGUGCGUGUGUGCCGAAGGGUCAGUCCUACAGUUGUCAGUGUCGUGAAGGCUACCAGGGUCAGUAUUGCGAUCGGCGACAGGAGCCUCCAGCCUGCAGGGGGCAGCGCUGUGGACACGGGGAGUGUCACGUGUCAGAGGCAGGCGGGCCGGUCUGCCACUGUCAGCCCGGGUUCACCGGAACCACCUGUGACACAGAGCUGAUGUGUCAAGGAGAGAUGUUGAGGGAGCAGCUGAAGCGUCACCACCCCAUGAGAACAUGCACGUCCACCAGCAAGAUACCCCGCAUGGACUGUCCCAGAUCCUGCCAGGCUACAGCGCCCCCUGGUGUUUGCUGUGGCGUCACCAAGAGCAGAAGGAGGAAGGUGGUUUUCCGCUGCUCUGACGGCACCUCGUACUCAGAGGAAAUGGAGACCGCUCUGGAAUGCGGCUGCUCCAAGUGCCCGUUGUAACAGCACCGCAGCUUGUUCAUUUUGUUUCGCAAACACCCACCGCUGCCAUUUUGUGAAUUCUACACGUCAACGAGGCUGUCGCUCUGAGAUUUUUUUCCACGUUGAUGAGCAACAUCAUUACGUGAUUUUUUUUUUCCACAUUCACUUUGACCGCUGCCGAUUUGCUGCCAAGAAAAAACCACGAACGAAAACAAACAUGGGACAUGUGUGCGUGUUUUUGACAGAGAGAAAAUAUAUUGUAAGAUAUAAGUGAGAAAAAACAUAGAACUUAUUUUUAUUAUGGAUUUUUUUUUGCUUAAAAAAUGAUAAAAGGACUGAUGAGCUGUUUUUAAUGUUGAUUAUAUAAUGUGUUACAUAGUAUAAAAACUUAUUUUGUACCUUGUAAGAAGAAAAAGUACACCACAAGAUAGAUUAACAUUCCUUAAAAGUAUAUGAAUUUAUAUGUAUGUGUAAAUCUAUAUAAAUAUAUACCCUAACCCAAUGAAUUUUAUAUUUUCAAAGUGUAUUUGCAUGAUGUUAAUGUGAGUGCUGAUGUGUGGGAGGCUGUGGACACUGAGAGACGAGGACUGAGAAGAAGACCUCUGUUGAUAAGGAAAUGGUGGCGCUCUAGUUGCCCUCGCUCUCGGAGGCUGAGAGGAAACUGUCUGUGCCUGGCUAACCUGCUUCACUAUAUAACGGACAUCAUCCUCACUUGUGAGUUUUUUUGAGAAAACAUAAAAGACUCUUUCCACGGAGAUGAUUUAACA